UACUUUUUCCUUUAAAUUACAUUUAAGAAGCAUAACCGAUGAAGUCAAAGAAUAAUAAGACAAUAGGCAUAAAAGCAAUAAGUAAGGAUUAUUUUUUUCUUCAAAACUAAUUGUUUUAAUAAAAUUUUUCAUGUUCGGUUCUUAACUGUUCAGUUGUUUUGAUAGUAUCUUUUUGUUGGGAUCGGAUAUACGACUACGCAUUGUAGAAACAAGAGGUAUUGGUAGCUACAAUGUGGCACAACAAAAUUCGCCGUUUAAUCUCUGCAACUUGUGUGGCAGUUCUUUUAAUAUCUAACAAUGCUGAUGCAUCGCCAUUUGGAGGCCUACGUGCUGGAAAUAUAGGUGACUUACUCACACCUAUUGUAAUUGGUGCGAUCUUAGGUGGAGCUCGUCACAGAUUAAAGGCGCAGAAAGAACAAGAUGGAGCAAAUCAACAGCCAUUGCCAAGCGCCCAACAUCAUCACCCAUAUUACACGCCCUUGCCUUGGUAUCCAAAUCCAUUUCAACAGCACCCUUUAUUGCAAGCGCAAGCAUCAUUCAUGUUGCCAGCCAUCCACCAUGAGGAAAUGAUUCAUCCUCAAGCUCCCUUUUACCCUGACAUGUCAUCCUUACUUCUGCAAUUAAAUCGGGAGCAAGCUUACCCCCCUAUGGCUUCCCAUAUGGCACCAACAAUUUUUGAUCGCAACGCAUUGCAAGGACUUAAUGGAAUGGAUUUUCCAGCUCUAGAGAGUUUACAGUCUUGGCAAAGGGGGCCGAACGUGAACUUGCCAAAUAACCCUAUGGAUUUGGCUGAUUUGUUAGAUAGUAUAGAUAAUAUUGGAAAUCAACAAUGAAAUGGAAUGCUCAACAGAGGAAUAUCAAGCCAUGUAAAUAUUUUUAGUACAAAUGUAAACAAAAUGUGAUAUUAUGAUUAUAU